AUGGAGAGGUAUCGAGCAAUUACAAGUGCUUACUACCGAGGAGCUGUCGGGGCAUUGCUAGUCUGUGAUGUUACUAAGGUAAUGAAAUUUGAGAAUGUGAAGAGGUGGCUGAAGGAGCUCCGGGACCAUGCUGACUCGAACAUCGUUGUAAUGCUCAUUGGCAACAAGAUCAACCUUAGACACCUGCGUUCUGUCGCGGUUGAGGAUGCUGCAAGCUUUGCAGAGCGAAGGGGAGAGGAAGAGGUGGGUGGCACCACGGCCAAGCCCGAGGUCAAAGCCAUGGCGAUACCAUACAUGUCCUUGCCGUCGUGCGGCGGAAGUUGCCAUGCACUUGAGCACCUCCACCAAGACAUCCUAGCCGCUCAUCAUGAAAUCCCUUCCUGA